CCAAAGCCGCCCUGGCAAGUUUGCAGCCCAAUUGCAGCUUUCGAAGCUGGCAUGUACCUGGCCUUAGGAACGAAUGCAUGGCCGCUUGAAGUUGCAGGGACUGAGAGUCAAAAAUUGCAACGUGCCGUCAUUGAGCAAGCCUCGUCAAUGGCUGCAGCAGCAGGGUUGAUCACGGGCAUAGAUUGUAGCAUUGAUUACAUUGUCAGCUUUGCAUGAAGUGGAGCCUUUUCUGCCAUCUGGUUCCUUGCACCUUGUAGGUUCAAAUGCAGUUUUCUUUAAAGCUUCUGGAAACAAUCACACCUUUGAAAGCUCAAUCACUGCAGCAGGUUGACGAUCAGGAUUCUAGACUUCUCUCGAGAAGAAAUUGCACACUUGAUGCACAAUUGUCAGCUCUGAUCCGCUCUCCAACGUAAUCUAGAAAGGCACCGGCUUGGAGAGAAGUGUACAUCAGGGGCUCUUGUAAUCUGUUCCAGACACUGAACAUGUAGCCCAAUGGGUUAGCCGGCCUGCAUUUUGCCCCAAAUCUUGCAUCAAGCAGAUUAGUUCUGGGGCUGCAUAGUCAACACCUUUGAUCGAGCUCCUCAAUUCUAUGUAGGGCAGCUGAAAGAAAGCACUAAAUGUGGGAACACAACUCUCAGAGGGGAAAACCUGACACUUAGAAGUUUGAGCUAAGCAGCUGGGGGCUAACCGAGCUGGUUAACCAGGGGCUCUAACAAUGGGGAGUCCCAAGGGUGCCCUGAGCCCCGGGCGCGGCAGCCCCCGCACCCCAACCAAGAGCCCCCUUGGCCGGAAUGCAUUCACACCCGAUCAUCCCUCUGAGGAACUCGACCUGUCCAGCGAACUUCUCGAACGCGUCUCGAGGAUGACGUCAGCGGCGCCGUCCUCUCAGGGAUCAUCUGCAGCGGGAACCCCCACAAGAGCCGCUAACCAUCAGCUUGUACAAGAGGGGUUGAAACGGACAAGGAGUGAGAGGUUAGGAUACCUGGUUAGCGAGGGGUUAGCGCGGUUUAGCGAGGUGGUUACGGACGGGCCGUUUCCUGGGGUGGUGGUUCUGGGGCUGGCGGUGGCGCUAGGUGUAGAGUGGCUGCGGAGGAUGCCCAUCUUUCCUGUGUUCGCAGUGUGCUACAUCAUUUGGGGGAUAGCGCAAAAGCGCACGAAGGAACAAGUCCAAAAAGCUCGGAGGCAAUGGGAGCUUGAAAUGGCAGAGACAAAGGCGGAGACGGUGCUCGAGUCGGUGGACUGGCUCAACUGCCUCCUCCGGAUACUGUGGCGAAACGUGUACGAGCCCAAGUUCGCCCUGCAGCUGUGCAACGUGCUGCAGAAGAAGCUCAGCAAGAGCCGGCCCAAAUUCAUGCAAACGCUGGAGUUCACGCACUUUGCGCUGGGGACGGCGCCCCCGGUGUUUGGCCCCGCCAAGAUCGUGCGGCACAUGGGCGAUCAGGCGCUGGACAUCGACUUUGCAUUCCACUCGGAGCACCCGGAAGUCGUUAUCCAAUCACGCAUGCAACUCGGGACGCUGUUCUACGUGCCCGGGUCGUUCAGCUCGACGAUCAAAGUUACCAGCUUGAAGAUCAGCGGAAAGCUGCGGGUCCGUCCUUUUCCGGCGGAACGCGUGCUGCUGGUGUCGUUCACGGGCGAGCCCAAGAUGCACAUCGACAUCUCGCUCUGGGGCAUCUCCAUGAAGGCGCUGCAACCCAUCUUGACCUGGCUGACGUCAGAGCUGAAGACGGCGAUCGCGAAGCAGUGGGUGGAGCCGCGGCGCUUCUGCCUGGAGCUGCGCGCGGGCGCGCUCCCGCACAAGGUGAAAAAGGCGAUCAAGGCGCAGGGGGGGAUGAUGAAGGUCGCGGUUCUGCAAGUCCGGCUCUUCGACGGGCCCGCGACCGGGGCGCACGCGGGCGCGCAGAACCCGGCGGAGAUUCACCUGGUAAUGAAGGUGCGGGGCGUCAAGGCGCGCUCCAAACUGGUGCUCAGCCGGCGAGAGGGGGGGGGCACGAUUUACACUUCAGGGGGCACCCCCCUGGAACAGGAGUUCAAGCUGCCGGGCAACACGGGGGUAGCCACGCUCGUGUGCUCCUCGGCGGCCGACUUCAACCUGCGCCCAGCGCUAGGCGCGUGCAGCGUGCAGCACAAGUGGAUGCACGACGGGGGCACCUGCUACUGGCACAACGGGAAGGAGAACAAGCCCCUCGCGACGCGCACGUUUGAGCCAUACACCGCUUGGGUGCCGCUGCGAGACGCCGCGGGCGCGGAGGUCGGGGAGGCGUGCAUAUGGAGCAGCGCGUCCUGGUUCUACGGCGUGCCCGAAACAGCCGCCGUCGAGAGGACGAUAGCCAGCACGUCGGCGACCGGGUCGACCGACCGGGACAAGAUCGUACACGAGGCACUAUCGUCCCGUGACGGCUUCUGGAUCAUCACGCUGGUGGAGGCACGGAACCUGGUAGCGAAAGACUCCAACGGGAAGAGCGACCCGUACUGCAAGCUGCGAGUCGGACACAAGAAGAAGCUGAGUAAAGUGAAGAGCAAGACGCUUAGCCCCCGGUGGAACGAGACCUUCUCCUUCUCGCAGGGCUCUCGCCUGGUGUUGACGUGCAUGGACAAGGACUUCCUGGGCUUCGACAACGAUUUCUUGGGCAUCAUCGACCUCGAUCUAGUUCAGUUCAAGGACGGCGUGACGCACGAUAUCUGGCUGCCCCUCCAGGCCACCGAGUCGGGCGAAGUGCACCUGCGAAUCAUCUUCGAAAAGAGGCACGAUACGAACAGCGCUUCCGGUUGGUCCCCCUUGAAAUCCCUCCGCUGGACCGCCUCCCCAACGCUUCCGGGGGAAAUGCACGCCAGCCGGAUCUCCAUCGUGCCGUCAGGGGGAUCUCCCGACCUCCUAGACACCCCCGAGUACUCCCCCGGAGAAGACGGCCGGGAGAGCGAGGACGGGCGGGGGGAUCCCCGUGGGGAUCCCUCCGAGGCGGACGUGCCGGCGCCGCCGCUGUCCCCGGGCGCAGAGGCCACGUGGCGGGACGCGGAGGUGCUGGUGGUGACGCUGGUGGAGGCGAGCAACCUGAUCAUCCGCGACUUCAUCAUGAAGAAGAGCGACCCGUUCUGCAAGCUCAAGCUGGGGAAGCUGUCGCGCAAGAGCAGCGUCAAGUCCGGCAACCUUAACCCCAUCUGGAACGAGGCGUUUGAGUUCAUCAUCGCCGAAGGGAAGCUCGACCCGGACGAGCCGCUCCUGCGGAUCGAGUGCCGCGACAAGGACUUCUUCAGCACGGACUUUUUGGGCGCCGCGCACAUCGACCUGCGGGACCUGCGGCCGGGCGUCACGGAGGACAUGUGGAUGACGUUAGCGGGCGUCAAGCACGGGCGGAUCCACGUCAGACUGCUGCUCAGACCUCCGCUUGACAAUGCUGCGACGAAGCGGUUCGAUCACCCGAUCCAGCGCUUCGAGUCGCGCACUUCGUCACAGAGCUCCCUCAGAGACUCUGACCAAGAAGCGUGAAAGGCCAUUAUCUGCUGAUUGUACGAUUCGCCCACUUGAACUAUUACGUGACAGUGCCAACACGACGACGUUCUUACGCCCCUGUUGAUCUCAAGCCGUUUGUGCGAUGCCGGCGGUUCAGAUGUUUAACGGAGUUCUGGAGGCAUGGGGCUUGUCCGCUAGGGAAGUCGCAUUUGCCGCAUCAGGGUAACGCAGGCGGACGGCGAGAAGAGAAACGUAGAGUGCCAGAGAGUACAAAGUGUAGAGCUCAUGUGGGCGGCCCUGCGGGGGCGCUUCAAAGCCGGAGCUCAGUCGGGCGGGGCUACAUUACUGCGAAACCGAACCCCAAGAAUACCAACUUUCCAAGCUACAGACUCGUGCAAGGGGUUCGAGUCCGGAGCCGCUUUGAGUUUCCUUUUAUCCGUUACAAACACAUCAAAGGCGGUCACAAUCAAAUCAAAGCACGCGUCUUUCGUGCUCCCGGAGUGCAGGCAGAAGCCCGAUCACACGCCAAUGCUUCAAGGAAGUAGUGACUCGGUUCCUGCUCGGGCAGGCCCUCAUAGCAAUAAGUCUCG